AUAUUCGUCCUUCUCUAAACACAGUGCUUCUCUGUCUGUGGACCAUGAACCGUUAUGUGAGCUCUCUCUUUUUGUUAGCGACCCUGGCCUUGCCAGAAACCUGGGCAGGCUCUCACUCCCUGAAGUAUUUCUCCGCCGCCGUGUCUUGGCCCGAACUCGCAGAACCACGCUUCUUCGCAGUGGGCUACGUGGACGAUUUGCAGUUUGCGCGCUUCGAUAGCGACAGCGAGAGCCAGAGGGAGGAGCCGCGGGCGCCAUGGAUGGAUCAAGUAGACCAAGUGGACCCAGACUACUGGGACCGGAACACGCGAUUCCACAAAGCGGCGGCCCAGAGUUUCCGAAUUCGACUUCAGACCCUGCGAAGCUCCUACAACCAGAGCGAGGGCGGGGUCCACACCUUUCAGCACCUGUGCGGCUGCGAGGUCUCCCCAGAACUCACCUUUAAGCGCGGGUUUUACCAAUUCGCUUAUGACGGGCACGACUACCUGGCCCUGGACACGGAGACCUACACGUGGACUGCGUCAGUGCCCCAGGCUCUGAACUCCAAGCUUGAGUUGGAGGCGGACAGCAGCAUCUCGAAGGAGAGAAAAGCGUAUCUAGAAGAAACGUGCGUGCAGUGGGUGAAAAAGUACCUAGAAAUCGGGAAGGAGUCUUUGAAGAGGACAGACCCGCCUUCUGUCCAAGUGACCCACCACACUGCCCCCAAUGGGGAAGUGAUCCUGCGGUGCCGGGCCCAGGACUUCUACCCUGCCGACAUCUCCCUGACUUGGCUGAGGGAUGGGGAGGAACAACUCCAGGACACAGAGUUCAUUGAGACCAGGCCUGCGGGAGAUGGGACCUUCCAGAAGUGGGCAUCUGUGGGCGUGACCUCGGGCCAGGAAGGGAAAUAUGCCUGCCGAGUUCAGCAUGAGGGACUGCCUGAGCCCCUCACCCUGAAGUGGGAGCCACAGUCGUCCUCCACCUGGUACAUUGUGGGGGGCAUUGCUGUCCUCACCAUUGGAGUCAUCGCUGGAUUUGUGAUCUGGAGGGAGACUUCAGGUGGAAAUAGAGGGCACCGUAUUCAGCCUCCAGUUUGAGAGAAUUGCCUGGUGUGGACCUGAGGAGGAAAACCAGUCUCCAGUCCCUGUGUUGUUCCUGUGGACCCCUGGCUUCUCUCUCCAGCACUGGCCCCUGGGAUCCUCCCUGGACUCUACUGGCUUAAGCCCAGGGAAGCAUCAUUAAGGCCCUCACCCUGCUCUAAGACCUCCCUCCUCCAUCUUUUCUUUCUGCCUGUGUCACUCUUCAGGGAGACAACCAGCAGUGAGGACCAGAAGGCUUUAGCAAUGAGCCCUCCUUCACAUUGGACAUUGCACUGACCUCUGGGAGCUUUUUCUGAAUGCACAAACGGCCUAAUGAAUUGUUAUUCUUGAGUCUUCAGCUUUUCUCCACAAUCCACAUUUGAGUGAGGGAUUUUGGGGGACAGGAUGACAAAGUGGAGAUGUUCUGGCCAUACGAAAAGGAAAUAAAUGAAAGUUUGGAGA